AAUCCGCAGCUUGAGGAUUUUUGCCGCCAGUAUAAUGCAUCUACACUUACUGAGCUACAUCCAAGCUUUUGUAAUAAAGAUAAAAUUAGUCUUAUUAUUCAAAAGCAACGCCUUUUAACAAAUCCAAAUGGGCAGGAUGUUGAUGGACUGAUCUUUUUACUAAAUAUUGAUCCUUUCAUUCGUUCAUAUGUUCAAGACCGAUAUCAUGAUGCAGACGGAACUAUGAUUUUUUGUGCUUAUAAAGAGCAGCUUCAACUACUUGCUCGCUUGGAAUCAUUUGAGGUUGAUAUGUCAUACAAACGGCUUAGAUCAAACAACAUGAAUGAGGUUCUUUUUGCAACAUUCCUCAAGGAUCAGAAUAAAAUUAUUACACUUCUUCGUGUUUUCACUACCUUUGAUACUGCUGAUGGAUACUAUCUGCUUUUCAAACGAGCCUUUUCUCUUUUAGAAAAGAUUACUGAAAAGCCUAUACUUUUUCAUUCUAUUCAUAACAGUGGAUUUCAUGGAGUGAUUCUUGAUAUGGAUACCAAGCAGUAUAGCGGACUCGGACGUUAUCUUUCAGAGAUUGACCCGCAGCAUCGGGAUUAUGUAUGGCAGUUACAACAUUUUGUUGUUUUUUGCCGUGUUCAUUUUCAGCGUACAAUAUUAAAGGCUAUUGGAACAAGAAAUAAGGAUUCUUCUCCUGAAAGUCUUUAUAGUCAAAUGCUGGGUCUUUUAGACUGCAAUACUGAAAAAGAGUUUGAUGAGACAAUUGAAUGUUUUCUAAAAUAUGAAGACGACUCUGUCGUUAACUGGGCUAAUCAAAAAAAAAGUGCAGUUAUCAAAGCAGGCCUAAUCAAAGCCUGUUCUGGAAUUCCUUCAGUUUUUUAUGAUCAGUUACGACAUCAUACUAACGCAGUUGAGCAAUCUCAUCAAAAGUCCUAUGCAUCAGGAAAAUAUCUAACUCUGGUAGAGGCGGUAAAAAAUUCUGCAAAGCUGGAUCGGAGUGAUAUUGAUCAGUAUAACGGUUAUCUCGAUUUUAAUCUUCAUCACUCAUAUCGCACUUCUACUGUUGAGGCCAACUAUGUACGUCGAAUGAGUUUAAAUAGUAGUAAUACUUACAAACUACUUAGAUCAACCUCUUCCUCCCGGAGGGGUCUGCGUCAGACUGCUUCAACUAAUCUUUUAAAUUUAGAGCAAAGACGUCAGGAGCUUGAGAUUCAAAAGCUUCAAACUGAACUUGAUAAACAGAAAGCUGAGAUUGAAAAACAAAGAGAAGAGACACGUGAAAAGGCUUUACAGAAUGAAGAGCGUGAACUUGAUCUUCUUGAACGCCGCCGCCGCCUACAAGAAUUUGAUUUAAGUAGUUACUAA